AUGUCGGGAUGCAAGUGCCAUUGUGGCAAGUCGAUUCCCUGGAAAUGGGCAGCGCGAUGCUCCAAGAGCAGACAAUGCCCGGACUAUUACUCUGUCCACUGCCACGAAGAGGAUUGCAAUCUGAAGGAGUGCAGGUUCCAUGGCCACUGCUGGGAUGGCCACCUGCCCAAGAGCUCAAGAUUAGCAGCGUCACAUGUCCCAACUGGCCUGACAAUUCAGCAUUUCUUCGUCAAGGAUAUCAUUCACUCAGAGGACGAGACAGAGACACUGAGGCAGCUGCAUGAGCAGAAUGCAGCAACACGAUGGUUCAACAUUCGCCACCGCAAUUCCCAGCCGGUGCUCUACGUCUACGAUAGAUUUGGUCCACUUUGUGAACCAACUGCUGACCCAACUUCCUCGGUCGCUGCGACAUUCCCGACCUUUGUAUCCUUCAUCGGCAAGUCGGGUGUCGGGAAGUCCACGCUGGUGAGGGCCAUGCUCUUGCUGGGAAACCUUGAUGUACAACAGAUCAAAGAUGACGACAUCUCCAAUCUUUUAACGAACCAAAGCCGAUUCGAGACUUUAAAGGCCGCCAUAUCGUCGCAACAGGAGAUGCCAGUCACCAGGUCGGGUCACGUCGACCAUGCGGCAGACCCAACGACGCUGGGUGUCCAUCUCUACAAGGACUCCUCGUGCAUAGACACACCGCAGUCAACUGGCAGUGGCUUCACUUUGUUCGCGGACUGCGAAGGGUUCUUCACUGGUGCUACCCAGACAAAUGCUGAGCGCUUUACCGCUGAUCAAGAAGACGCCACCGAGGCAAAUGUCCUGUACAAGGCGCCUGUGACCGCAGCUAGCUACGCACGCGAUGGGCAGCAAGGGGCCGAGUUAUUCUACGCAAGGUUUCUUUAUGCUGUCAGCGACGUCGUGGUCUUUGUGACUAACGAGGAUCAAAGCAUCACACUUCUGCUCGUGAGAGCCCUCGAGUGGGCGGCAACGGCGGUCAUGCACUCAGUCAAUUAUCCUUCGCGGAAGACUCUCAUCAUUGUUCGCAACGGGGCCCUUGGCCACAGCCAGCAAUUUGCCGAUAAUGAGUUACUCGAGAAGCUGUACCUGAACCGCCAGGACUUUCUAUGGAAGGCGUCGCCCAUACUCCAGAGAUUUGUCAAUGAUUACAACAGCAAGCAAGCCGAAUUCAGCAAGCACAUUUACCGGAAUCAAGACCUCUAUGAUGCAUUGUAUGAUAGAACCAUCUGCUGCUGCAUACCACACGUCAACGACAUUGAGGAAAACCGGGACGAGACCAUGUUUACACAAUACCUCAAACUGCGCACCCUGAUCGACGACGCCUCCCAACGAGCAAUCAACAUGCGUUCCAAAGGUUGGAUGAAGUACAAUGUCUCAUCCCUCUCCCAGAUCCUCUUUUCGGCUUUCGAGCACUUUCGCACCAAUGAUAGAGCGUUCAAUUUCAACGAGGUUGCAAGAAUCAGCAAGCCCAACCCGCAUUCAUUCUCUGAUCAUAUUGCCAAUUUCCUCAGGCUUGCAUUGGAGCCACCGCCGUCCGUCAAAACCAGGGCGAUGAUAGCUGAUAUGAUAGCGCUGAACCUUGUUGUCUGGUCCAUGAGGAAUCUCAUCCAUGCAAGCAUCUUUGACGGCGUGAUUGACGGCGAUAAGGAGGAGAAAUUCUCACUGGCACACCACUGUCAAUCCGCCGUUCAAGAAUACCAAGAAAAGUACCAGCCAUGUGGGUAUAAGUUCUCGGAUAACGACCUGUGUACCAAUGGCCCGGCAACUGCCCACCAACGGCUUCAUUUGUCGGCAUCCAGAAAAAGGGCGGACGGGGAUUUCAUUCCAAGGCAUGAGCUGGACCCAAACUUGGUAAGUGUGAUUCGAGACAGGUUCUUGGAGCAUUAUGAGAACCUUGUGAGCGACGACAGGACGAGACACCGGUCAAUGACCAAACCUGCUCCAAGCAAGGUCAGGAGAGUCCGACAAGGCGUGGCGCAGAAAUACUGUAAGCAAUGGACUCGGAUGACCAGCAACAUCACCUGUCUGGCUUGUUUGCAGGCAGUUCCGGAGAAUGUUCUGCAUUGUGGCCACGGAUACUGUGUCCAGUGCGUUCGAGAGCUGGGCGGGGUCUCGGAGAGCUUUGAAUCAGCUUGGACAUUCGAAGUCUGUCCGCUGUGCAGUGCACGGAUGGGCGAUAACUAUUCGCAUUUGAUCAGGGAACGACCACGAUGCGCUGGAACCCGCCUACUGACGCUGGAUGGCGGGGGUGUUCGGGGCAUCAUUGAGCUCGCUAUUAUCCAAGAGAUGGAGAAGAGAUUGGGCUUGCAGAUUCCCUUCCGCGACUACUUUGACCUUGUCGUCGGAACCAGCACAGGUGGUAUUAUUGCACUGGGCCGUACCAUGGGAGAUAGAAAUGCCGACACACAAACAAGCCUCUUGACGAAGGCCUUCAAAUCAUUUGCAUCUUCCACGUUCGUUCACCCCCGAGCUGGCAGUCUCCUCACCAAGAUUGGACUCGGUCACUUUGUAACGAGCGUGGUCAUGUCGUUUGGCCUGUACCAAGCCCUGUUCGACUCGACGCCGCUGGAAAACGGGCUGAAGGAUUUCUUUGGUGAUCAGACCAGCCUCUUCGGGUCCGCGCGGACUCGCCAUCACCAAUGUUCGACCCGAGUUGCGGUGAUUGCCACCAAGGAAUUUGGGAAACGGGCACAUCUCAUCACCAGCUACAACAGACCCAACCUGGCAUCCAGCAGCGACUUUGAGCGCGAAGACGACGAAAGCAAGGGAAUGCGGAUCUGGGAGGCUGGAUUGGCCACGGCAGCUGCGCCUUUCUACUUAGCCCCGUUCAAGAAAGCGGAGACAGGGAUCCUCUAUUUCGACGGUGCAUUGCACAUGAAUUGUCCGGCCCCCGGGGCGGUGGAGGAGAUCCGGAAGCUGUGGCCCGAGCACACGCCCUCGCUCGACGUUCUCCUCUCGAUUGGAACGGGGAUCCAGGACUCGGAGGUCAAGAUCCCCCGAGCCAUCCGCAUCGGCGGCUUCGAGGAGAUCUGUCGCACAUUCCACAGCAAACUGGACUCGGAGAACCAGUGGCAGGAAUUCAUCGCCAGUGGCGCGACGGACGGCAUCCGUGACCGGCUACACCGGCUCAACCCGCCCAUCGACGUGAACCUGCAAAAGGUCACCCUGUGGCACUGGAACAAGAUGGCCAAGCUGGAAGAGAUGGUGCAGCGGCAGAUGAGAGAACCCGAAUGGGUAGCCCGCCUCGAUAAUGCUACCAAUGCCCUGCUGGCCAGUCUCUUCUACUUUGAGCCGGACGCCGUCCAGCCCUCGGCGUCCACCAACAACCUGACGCCCACGGGCACGCGGCACGUAAGCAACAACAGCGCCGCCCCCGAGCUCCACGGCACGAUCCGCUCGCGUCUGCGCCACGGCAGCGCCGAGCUGCUCCGUCUCCUCUCGCACGUCAAGGGCCUCUUCUACACUAAACUGUCCAUGUCCCGAGCAAGCCCGUCGGCGCUUCUCCAGCACGACCCAUGGACCGAGGUCGCAGCCUUCCACACCAUCAAGGACAAAGUGGUGGAACAGUCGGGCCAGCGCUUCCGCGUCCCAGUCUGCCUUGAGGAGUCAUCCGAGGGCGGCAGCAAGCUGUUGGUCCUGGCGGUGCGACUGAAGGACUGCUCGGCGCCGCUCCCCAUCAGCGGGUUCCCGACGCUGCUGCACGACUUGCAUUUGAAGGCCAGAUCCUGGGAUUGA